UUUAACAGCUGGAAAAAUGGCGGCAGUUACAAGAGACUUUUGUUGGCGAUUACCAAAAAUUCAGCCCAAUUGCGGAAUGUAACUCUGAAAUCGAUCAACACGAAGAAUCACUGCUUCUUAUGUGUCGGAUCGACGGAACUCCAUGCUCAUUUGAGUGGUUCAUUGAGUGACAGGACGCUAGAAACAUUACUGAAACAAAGAGGAGCCUGCUGUCCAAGUAAAUCCCAACUGAUAAUAAAAGAGGGACACUCAGACACCUUGGAAGAGGUGUUCAUGAAGUUCAGAAAGAUCCAUGAGGUCACUGGUAGUGCAGACGCUGUCUACAAGAUUGCCUGUGAUGUUAUUCAAGAUUUCUGUCAGGACAAUGUCAAGUAUUUAGAACUAAGAAGCACACCACGAGAGGUUGCCUCAGCAGGCCUUACCAAACGUAAAUACAUAGAGACUGUUCUGAGGGCGAUUGAGGACCAGGAGAAAGCAUACCCUGACAUCAUAGUUAAAUACCUGCCAUCCAUUGAUAGACGUCACACCAUAGAUAACAUAGCAGACACGAUUUCGUUAGCUGAUGAACUAAGCAAGACCAGCUGCGGGAGAAUUGUAGGAAUGGACCUUUCCGGAGAUCCUCUUGCAGGUGAUGCUAGGGACUUGUGCCCACUUCUGCUGGAUGCAAGACGCAGAGGCUUAAAGCUGGCUGUACAUUUGGGAGAGAUACAAAACCCUGAGGACAGUUUAGAGUUACUCAAGGUCAUACCAGACAGAGUGGGUCAUGGGACAUUCUUACACCCAGAGAUGGGAGGCUCACAGGAGAUGCUGGAGCUCAUGCUCAAACACAGUCUGCCAUUAGAAUUGUGCCUGUCUUCCAAUGUGAAGGGUCAGACAGUGAAGGGGUUUGAUCAGCAUCACUUCCAGUAUUGGUUUCAACAUGGUCACCCUGUAACUUUUGCUACUGAUGACAAAGGUGUUUUUUCAACUUCUCUGUCUGAAGAAUUCCACAUUGCUGCUCAGACCUUCAGUUUGUCAAAGGAACAACUCUGGAACAUUUCUCUUCAGACUGUGGACUACAUUUUUGCAGAUGAAAAGACCAAAGAGUAUUUAAAAGAGAAAUGGUUUUCUUCUAAGCAAAAAGCUGAAUUAUUUUCUGGAGACAGUUAUCAAAUUAAAUACUGAAUUUGACAUUUCCUUACAGAUUACAAUUGGUGCAGUGGCACAGAGUUAUGCUGUGUAAGUAUACUGCGUAUAUAUGAUCAUUUAAUCACAUGGGCAAAAUUACCAUAAUGCUGAGUUGGAAAAUUAGAUGUUGGAUAUUAAUAAUUUCCUGGAUGUAUUUUCUGACAAUGGUAGUGUUCAAAGAAGUACUAAAAAGACUUUUGUUUAUGUAUACUGUUUAUAACAAGAGGCCAACUAGUCAGCCUGUUGUUGUCUGUUGUAAAGUCAUGCCAUAAUAAAUCAUUUUAUCUUAUACCAAUUACACCUUAUUUUAA